AUGCCGGGCUCGCUGCUGAGAAUCGAGAUGCGCGCUGGCGCGUUCUUGGACAGUUUUAGCGUCGCCGAAAGAAGCGUAUUGAAGUGGCUAGUGACGCAAAAAUCAGUGACAAAAUGCGAUGUGUGGUGCUGGCAGUGGUGGUUUUGGGGUCUCGUAUCGCUUCUGUGGUUGGUGCCGGCAGCGCAGACGAUGGGGAUACAUGGUGGCAUUGGUACCAGGGAGGGCGUUCAAGUGCAGAAUGCCAGCUGCAGCGGACGGACCCCGGCCCGCCCACACUGA